UCAACUUUGGCUAUUAUAACGCGAGCAGUGGACGCCAAGCAUCCGCCCACUGUCCUCUCGUGACUCGGGCUAGUUUGACGCACCGGGAUGCGGCUCACCUGACACUCUGCAGCAACCCUGACCAAGAAGGAAAAGAAAGAAAAGAAAAAUCAAUUAAGCCAAAAUAAAAUGGGGCCCCAAGGCAAGGCGCACCCUGCCCAGAUACCCCUAAGAAAAGCCGGGGACCCGGUCGCCACCGGCGAUAGGAAGAGGCUGUCACCUGCCAAGCGAGGCCGCGCCGAGGGGCCCCGGCUUCGCGGCCUCUGGGAGGAGCGGCCCGCCGGCCCCACGGCGGAGGCAAGAACCCGGGGCCGGAGGUUUCCGCCCGGCACGGCCGUGCUUGGCCGGGGCCUAGGGCGGGGGCCGCACGCGCUCGCGAGGACCUUGCCCGGCAGUGUGCGGCGCGCGGCCCCCGCUGCCCGGCCCGUGGAAGCCUGGGGACGGGACGGCGGCGUUCGCCGCACCUGCCCCGCGCCCCUCCGCCGCGCUGACGGGCGGCUUCACCCACCUGGCGCCUCGCUCACGUCACGGCGCGACCCCGCGCGCUCCUCAGCACCGGCGCGCGGGCGCGGCCGGGAUCCGGGAAGACCCCGCUGGGCCGCGGCCGCCGCCGCCGGGUCAGUCGUCAGGCCGGCCGCAGCGAACCUGUUGCGCAGCCUGUCACGGCUGCUGGGCUCUCCGCCGGCGCCGCCUCAGCCCCACAACAACAUGGCGGCCGCGGCCUCCGCAGGAAGCCGGGGGGCGGGGAGGCGAGCGACGGGCGGGCAGUGACGGCCCGCCCGCCUAGCCGCGGGGCACCGACUCCUCACCGCGGGGAGCGUGACACUGCGUGGCGCUCCUCCUCAGCCCCAGAAGGCGUGGGCCGAAGUGCUUCUCCUCCCUUGAGGUCCCGGAGCUCCGCAGCUGACAGCCCUUCCAGGAGCUGCCAAGACCCACCUGGCUCCUCCUCUUCGAGAUUCCAGGGCGCUCUGUGUCUACCAAGAACUUCAGCACCUGAAAUAGUCAGUCAGCCCUCUCCACCCAGAACUCUCAUCCUCCUCACUCUUUAGGAAUUUGUGAUUCAGGGUAACUGCCCACAAUUACAUAGAAUGGCUGGAGAUGUAUGGGAGGCAGUGAAAAGAGAUGGAGACCAAGACAACACCAGCUGCUCAAAGUCUCAAGGUUUAAUGGAGGACUCCGAAUUUUAAGAUUUCAGAGUAGUGCUUCCGUCAGCCUUGGUCAGAGAAGCUUAUUUUUGCAGUGGGCGACAGUUACUCCAGGGACUCACGACUGCUCAAAGGGCUGACAGUCAGAGACUGCUGAGUUCUCAGCCCCAGGUGAGACAGUACCACCUCCGCUGCUGGCUCAGGGGACACCGCCGAGGGAGUGGAAAGAACAGUCUUCUAAAUUUGACACUCCAGCAUUGGCACCUGCAAAAGACCUCCAAUGUUCCAACAUGGGUAGGUGAGGGACGUACUCCAUCCACCACUCCAUCCUUGAAGUUGGUGCCGUAAGAGAGAUGGUUUUUUCUCUGGAGUAGGCACUGGGCAAAUUGCUGGUACUCUGGUAAACAACACCUCACCGAUGCUCAUUCAAGCAACCCUGCUGAAACACAGACGGACACAUCAAGCUCAAAGGGGACCUAGGAAAGAAGAAAGGGGGCACGGAACAAGAGAAAACAAUGAGGUCAAAAUGCAUUACAUGCAUUUGUGGAAUUAGGAAAAAUAACUAACUCUUAAAAGAAAUGCCUGUUCAAGAAUGAGUUGAUCCUUUGUUUUAGCUUUUGCAAGGCAAGUAUAUAACCUCAAAUUUUAACUGUGAUUUUUUUUUAGUAAGUCUACCUCAAAUAAAAAAAAUUGAGAAGAUGUCAUCUCGGGACUAUUUGGGUUGAAAGUAACAAUAUGUGCAGCUAAAGAUGGCUCGGCCCCACCCAUAAUAUGCCAUUUCAGACGUCUAGAAGCUCGGGGUGGCUGGCUCUUCUCAUACCUUUCUUGUUGUUGCCACAAGAUGGCGCCAAUGUUCAAAACAGCGCUUCAGGGAGCCAAGAGGCAGGAAGGAGGGCGAGCAAAGGGGCUUUUUCUUCUUUCUGAGUCUUCCUAAGUAGAAAGAAAAAUGGAGGCUUCCAGCAGAAUUCACACACAACUUCAUUACACGUCCCUUUUUAGGGGCAGAGAGAAAGAGGAGCACCGUGGCUUACCAAGACCGUGCAGUGGAGGUGGUGGUUUGCAUUUUGGAGCAAUUAAGGCCUUUAUUUACAUAUUUAACAUUGUUUUGUUUGUUGUUGUUUUAAUCAAGAAAGAUGUAGAAAGAACUUUUGGACUAAGCUGUGGAUAGCGCCUGCCAGAGGUGCUCAGGAGAAAUCGCACACACGUUGGAUACCUGGUCUCAUGACAAUGUGUGAGCGAAGGCCAAUUCCGAAAUGGCUUUCCUUCCUUUGAUAAUUACUUAUUCUCUGCAGUGACUUAGAAAAAUGAUUGAACUAAAUUUCCUGCCAUCAGAGACUUGAUGAAUACUGAGAUUAACAAUAAAACUAUUUUUAAAAGUCA